AGAGCGGCAGGAGUUGAUAGUGGUCAGAAAUUGCAGUCUCAGAAUAUAUAAGAAGGUAGACAUUCCACUUACAGAUCUCAGAAUUCUCUUUUGCUGGUCAGAGCCUCUACAAACGCACACCUUAUUCUAGCCCCGUCUUGAUCAUGCAGUACACCAGUGGCAGCCUGUUGUGGCUCCUUAAACUCUCCAUUGGUGUUGCUGGAACACCACUAUUCCAAAACCAUGGUACACUUUCCGGCUGGGAUGCAUUCAAUCAUGAGAACAAAGGCACCGUUAGCGAAAGCACAAGUGUCUCUUAUGAACCCAGCACAUCUCUCAAAAUGAUCCAGACCUACGAUCCGGAUUGGGAUGGUCGUUACCACUCAGAGGCCAUCAAAACAAAUGUCUACACUGUAGGCGACCAGGGAUUUUACGGCUUUGCCUUUCGUCUGCAUUCUGAUUGGGAUACUUCCAGUACCCAGACUUUUAACAUUGCGCAAACCAUUGCCAACUUGGCCACCAACGAGCACAACACAUGUGGUGAUGAUUGGAUUCCGUCUAUGAUGAUGUGGGUUGAGCAGGGCCAGCUCAGAACCCGACGAAAGGGAAACAAUAUGUGCGGUACCAACGGCGAUAGCAAGUGGACUAGCGGUUACGACUACGAGGAGUACACCGUUGGCACGAUCUCACCUGGUGUUUGGUACAAGGUGGUUAUCCAAGCCAGCUGGCAGAGCGACGCCACCGGUUUCUACAAGGUUUGGCUUGAUGGCGUCAAGAAGGUCGAGGAGUACAACAUCAUCACAACCUACCUUGAUGUGAGUAAGAAGGGUCACUUUCAGUUCAGUGUCGGUCUAUAUGCCAACAGUUGGCAUGACCAGAAAAAGCUUGUCGGAUCUGGGGAUAGACAGCUCUGGAUUGAUGAGGUUGGCAUUGGCAGCACUUUUGCAGAUGCAGACCCGGCUCAGUGGUGAACGUGGACAGUUUAGCGGUGUAAGUAGCUCAGAGGUCUCAGGAUGAUCAUAUGAGAGCAACAGAAGCCAAACUAGAUAAGG